AUGGAUCUUGAACCUGGAAAGUGUUGGGACAACUCAAAGAAGGGUUCUUGGAAGACUAUUAUGCUAUUGGCCUACCAAAGUCUUGGUGUUGUUUAUGGAGACUUGAGUAUUUCUCCAUUAGCUGAUGAUAAUGGAGAGGGUGGUACUUUUGCUCUCUAUUCAUUGAUUUGUAGGCAUGCUAAAGUGAGUCUUAUACCAAAUAGACAGCAUGCCGAUGAAGCACUUUCUUCAUAUAAGAUGGAGGAGCCUCCAGAGAAAGAUAAUUCUAAAGUGAAGAUUUUGCUUGAGAAGUAUAAGACUUUGCAUACAGCUUUGUUGAUUGUGGUUCUUCUUGGUACUUGUAUGGUAAUUGGAGAUGGAGUGCUUACACCUGCCAUUUCUGUUUUCUCAGCAGUAUCGGGCCUCGAGGUAUCCAUCAUGUCCAAGAAACAUCAUCAGUAUGCUGUGAUUCCGAUCACUUGCUUCAUACUGGUGUGUUUGUUUGCGCUUCAACACUACGGUACACAUAAGUUCUUGAAAAAGACAAAGAUAAGUGGAUGGCUGUCUUUGGGUGGAAUCUUACUUUGCAUAACAGGCUCAGAAGCUAUGUUUGCUGAUCUUGGCCAUUUCAAUUAUAUGGCCAUUCAGAUUGCAUUCACUUUUCUGGUAUAUCCUGCACUUAUAUUGGCAUAUAUGGGUCAAGCUGCUUACUUGUCACAACAUCAUAAUUCUGAUCUCCAAAUCAGCUACUAUGUCUCGGUUCCAGAAAGUGUGAGGUGGCCUGUGCUUAUCUUAGCUAUUCUAGCUUCUGUUGUGGGGAGCCAAGCAAUCAUCAGCGGAACAUUUUCGAUCAUAAAUCAGAGUCAAUCUCUUGGCUGCUUCCCACGAGUUAAGGUUGUUCAUACAUCAGACAAGAUACAUGGUCAAGUCUACAUCCCAGAAAUCAAUUGGAUGCUCAUGAUCCUCUGCAUUGCUGUUACCAUUGGGUUUAGAGACACAAAACACAUGGGAAAUGCAUCAGGGUUAGCAGUGAUGACUGUGAUGUUGGUAACGACGUGCCUAACUUCUUUAGUAAUUGUAGUUUGUUGGAAUAAACCGCCAAUUUUAGCCUUUUGUUUCCUACUGUUUUUUGGCUCCGUUGAACUGCUAUAUUUCUCGGCUUCACUGACAAAGUUUCGCGAGGGUGCCUGGCUCCCGAUCCUCCUCGCCCUCUUCCUAAUGAUCAUAAUGUUCCUUUGGCAUUACGCAACGAUCAAGAAAUACGAAUACGACCUUCACAACAAGGUAUCACUAGAUUGGCUUCUAGCUUUAGGUCCAAGCUUAGGAAUUGCUAGAGUCCCUGGAAUAGGCCUAGUGUUCACUGAUCUCACCACUGGCAUUCCGGCGAACUUCUCUCGCUUUGUCACCAACCUCCCUGCGUAUCACCGCAUCCUUGUUUUCGUAUGCGUAAAAUCAGUACCAGUGCCUCAUGUCACCCCUGCAGAGAGAUACCUUGUAGGCCGCGUAGGACCUGCUGCUCAUCGAUCUUAUAGAUGUAUAGUCAGAUAUGGAUAUCGCGACGUUCAUCAGGAUGUUGAUUCAUUCGAAUCUGAGCUAGUACAGAAGCUGUCUGACUUUAUCCAAUACGAUUGGUAUCGAACUCGAGGAAACAGCAUGAGCAUUGAAGACGACGGUUCACACUCGAACGAAUCAUCAAGUUACAGACUAACUGUUAUCGGAACAACUAGCUUCUGCAGCCAGCAAGGAUACGAGAGUCAGCAGAGUGUCCAACCCGGGAGCGCGUCUGGAUUCCCGUCUGUACAAAGCAUGACAGACGUAAUCGAGAUGGAACCGAUGGACGCGAAUGAAAGACGGGUGAGGUUUGCUAUUGACAAUGAUCAUGAAAGUGAGACAAGGUCUGAGGCGGGUGUGCAAAUGCAGGAAGAGCUGGAAGAUCUUUAUGCUGCACAAGAAGCUGGUAUUGCAUUCAUUCUUGGACAUUCUUAUGUGAAAACAAAGCAAGGUUCAUCAUUGUUGAAGAAGUUGGCACUUAACUAUGGAUACAAUUUCUUGAGAAGGAAUUGUAGAGGACCUGAUGUAGCUCUUAAGGUUCCACCAGUUUCUUUGUUGGAGGUUGGGAUGGUUUAUAUUGUGUAG